CUCGUCGUCUGUGUCGCGUUUUUCUUUUUUCCUCGUCGAUUGUGUCGUGAUUUGCGAGCUAUUACCAUCUCCAUUGAGCGCUUUGGUCUGUUGUCUCGUGCCAUCUCCAAAACAGCACAAUACCUGCAUACUUGAGUGCUCGGCAAUCAACGGGCUUUCGCGAGGUCUUGGUACUUUAGACACGCCAAUUGCAUUGUCUGCUACUUCUCCAGUAGGACAAUCAUAUACAAACCGUAUCAAUUGUUAUAGAUACUGGUGCCUUGCUUAUCGAUUUCUCUGCGCAUACCCGCACACGCGAUCUUGCGCUGCCGCUAACACAACACCCCACCAGUGGGCGCGACGUAUCUUUCUCUCUUGCCGCGCUCUGGUUUUGUUUAUUCAGAGAUAUUCCUUCUUCACUAGACUUUGAGCUCCUUGGAAACACAAUGGAAGCUGUCUCGUCGCCCAUGAAACGACGCGCCGUGCUCGGCUCUCUGGACGCGAACGCGGCCUUGUCAACAACACCAAUCGCAAGCAAAAUGAUCAUGAUGGGAUCGUCAAUGCUGCUGACGCCGUCGGCUCUGUUAGUGAGCAGCCCAUUGAUUGGGAGCGAGUCGUCAAAGGGAAAGAAGCGGACUGCGGGGCAAGAAGACGAGGAAGUGGUGGAUGAGAGUCCCGUGCCGAAGAAGGCGUGUGUUGAUGGGGCUACGCGAUCGAGGUCACCCAGUCUUGAGACAAGUUCCCUGUUUGAUAGCUCGGCCGGAGAUGCUUCCUGGACGACGGCAACAGAGCCAGAUGCAGCAGCGGCAACAACCUUGCUAGCUGCCACAAGGCCUCGAGCUCUGACCAGGGAACAAGCCAGAGAGAAAGCAGAAAUCCUCCGUCUACGCCUCGGCCUCGCGGGGUACAAGCUACGCACCGGCCAAACCUCCGUCCCUCUCUCCGAACUCCAGCGCAAGCCUCUCCCGCCAUCGACCGCGACGCGCAGACGAGCGAAUACGUUUGCCCACGCGGCACGGACGAAUACACACACUAGGGUUCGAAGCGUGGACUCGAUCCCUCAUGUACCCGCGUUAUCGCAGGAAUCAUCAGUGCUAUCGGUUAGGUCAGAUGCAGUGACCGUGCCUGCUUCUCAGGAGAGCGUCGUGGUGGAAACAAGAGGCAAUACGCCUGAUCACGCCGAAGGGCAGGAAGCUGGGAAUGAACGAGACAAGGCUAUUUUACUUGCCAUUAGUGAUGUAGAUUCUCCUUCUAGAGUCUUCAUGUCAAGUCCAGCACCGGCGCCGGUAUCGUCAUUAAGGAGCACUUGUACAGAGGACGUGGAUAGACUAUGAGACAGCGGGGUGGUUCUGUUAACUAUAUCUGUCUUUUGUUUUUGUUUUUGUUUUUUUCCAAUCUCGGGAACAAGGAAAUGAAGUAUUUCGGGAUCCAAUUUUGAUGUCAUGAAUACUGUAUUGUUAUAAUAGCUAGACACACAACUCUUUGAAUGAUGAUGAUGACGAUGUCAUGGCAGCAAAGACGGGAGAGUUUGCACGCAGCGAACAAUGAAUAGAAGUAGUACAAUGACUAUAUCUGUUUAGGUAGAUAAAGCGGCUUUUCGACACUUUUUUUUUUUUUUUUUU